AUGGACGCCGAAGAAGAUCCAAAAUGCCCUACGAUUACGUUCACUGCGGCGGAAAAAAUACGAUGGCGUAGGGAGUGGAGGUCGGCGUUGGUAGUGAAAGGACUGGGCAGGAGGGUCUCCUAUAUCCCGCUGGCUCGAAGACUGAACUACUUAUGGGCGAGGAAUGGGGAGAUUCAAAUCUCUGAUAUGAACAAUGGAUGUUUCCUGGUACGGUUUCGAAACCAGAAGGACUAUGAAUGGGCAAUGGAGGGGGGACCCUGGCUUCUCGGUGACACCUACCUUACGGUACAUCGAUGGUUUAAAGGUUUCAAUCCCUGGAAGACAGAGAUAACGACAACUAUGGUAUGGGUCCAGCUGCCGGAGCUGCCGAUAGAGUUCAUAAACAAGGAAGCAGUUAUGAAAAUUGGUCAAUGGUUGGGGAAGCCGGUACGCGUUGAUCGGGCUACGGAGAUUGGGGCUCGUGGCCGGUUCGCAAGACUUUGUGUGGAAGUGGAUUUGACACAACCACUGUUAUCCCAGUAUAAAAUCGAAGGGACGACAUACUUGAUCCGAUAUGAGGGCUUGGAUGACUUGUGCACUAACUGUGGGACUUAUGGCAAGUCUGGAGGGAAGUGCCAGUGCAAUUUAGCAGAGAAGGCGAUGGAGACGGAGGAAGUUCGGGUGGACGAGAUGGAGAAGAGAGAAGAUCCGACCCAAGGGCGCACCUAUGGGGAGUGGAUGGUGGUUAAGCGCCGUGAGAGGAGACCUGGUAGGGGAGUAAGUCGGGGGAAGGAGGGGAAAGGUGAAGGAAGUGAGUCGAAUAGGUUCCAGGCUUUUGCGGGGGAGGUGCACCAAGUGAGGGUGGAGGAAGAAGCUGUUAUGGUAGAUAGAGGGGAAGCGGGGAAACCUAAGGAUCAACCAACGGCUACCCAUCCCUUAAAUGAAGGCUUAUCCCAUGCAGAAGGCCAUGCACACCUCGUAGAGGAAGAGGCCCAAAUGCACAGUUCCCAAGGGAAGAGUGCGAAAUCGGAUGCUCCCAGUCAACGGGAGACUAUGACAAGUAAGAAAGAAUCCGUGGCUGCUAAGCCACAAGGUGUGCAGACAGCGAAAGGAAAUGCGGGUGUAAACCCAGGGAAGAAAGGUGAGGGGAAGAAGCAGGGGCAGAGGAAUGAGGGUAUAAAAAAUGUAGGGCUGCGUAUGGAUACUGGCGGCACGAGUACACUAAAGAAAGCUGAUGGUGCGGGGAACCGAUCCCCUUCAGUGCAUAAAUGA